AUGGUUUCAAAUAGAAGAGCAAAAUGUCGAAAACAUGAAAAUCAAAUGCAAAAAGGAGUGAUGUUAAAUAACCACAGUCCACCUUCCAGUACACCCUUGGAGCCUUGCAGAGUAAUACCGUAUAUGAACGUGCCAGCUUUAAGAGGAAUCUCGUUGACUUCUAGUUCUGUAGCACUUACCAACUACGACAGGCUCGCCACUACGCCUUUCUCCCAACAAGGAACGGCAUUCUCCGCUAUCAAUUCAGCUUUUAUAUCUGCAGCACACCAGUACGCAGCUGCAGCCGUAGCUGUAGGAAGUGGUUCGGCAGCAGCUGCGGCCGCAAGUAUUCUGUGCCAUCCGCAAUACCCCCUAGAAUUUGCUGCUUUGGCGGUAGCCCACAAAAACUCCAGCAUCGCAGAUUUAAGGCUAAAAGCGAAAAAACAUACGGAAGCCUUAGGAUUGUCAGCGAGAGAUAAACCUCUAUAA